AUGAGCACUGCUGCGACGACGACGAUCAUCGGUUUAUUGUUCCUAAUCGGCGUCGGUGCAGAAAGUCCUUACAGAUUCUUCGAAUGGCAUGUAACUUACGGCCAAAUAUCUCCCCUUGGCGUUGAACAACAGUUUCCUGGACCGGACAUUCACUCUGUAACCAAUGAUAAUCUCAUCAUUAACGUAUUCAACCAUCUCGACGAACCUUUUCUUAUCUCAUGGAGCGGGAUUAUAAAUGCGAAGAACUCGUUCCAGGACGGAGUGUACGGAACGACUUGCCCAAUCCCGCCGGGGAAGAACUACACUUACGCCGUCCAGGUUAAGGAUCAGAUCGGAAGCUUCUAUUACUUCCCGUCGCUCGGGUUUCACAAAGCCGCCGGCGGAUUCGGAGGUAUCCGUAUCUAUAGCCGUCCAUCGAUACCUGUUCCUUUUCCUCCUCCCGCCGAUGAUUACACCCUCCUCAUCGGCGACUGGUUCAAAACCAACCACAAGGAGUUGAGGGCAACACUCGAUAAUGGUGGAAAGCUUCCUUUACCAGAUGGAAUCCUCAUCAAUGGCCGUAGUAGCGGCGCCGUACUCAACAUUGAACCAGGGAAGACUUACAGGCUGAGAAUAUCAAAUGUUGGGUUACAGAACUCUCUCAACCUGAGAAUCCAAAACCAUUCGAUGAAGCUCGUCGAGGUCGAAGGGAGACACACUCUUCACACUGUCUUCUCUUCGCUCGAUGUUCACGUCGGUCAAUCUUACUCCGUCCUUGUUACAGCCGACCAGCCUGCCAAAGACUAUCACGUCGUCGUAUCUACUAGGUUCACCUCCAAGAUCCUCACCACCACAGGUGUUCUCCAUUACAGAGAUUCUACUGUAACUGUUUCUGGACCUAUCCCAGAUGGACCAACUACGUUGCGCUGGUCUUUUGCCCAGGCUCGAGCUAUGAGGACAAACCUUACAGCAAGCGGAGCAAGGCCAAACCCACAAGGUACAUACCACUAUGGUAUGGUAAACAUCACCAGAUGGAUCAGACUUGCAAACUCUGCUGGACUGAUCAAGGGCAAGCAGAGAUACGCCGUGAACGGUGCGUCGUUUUACCCAGCAGACACCCCUUUGAAACUAGCGGACUACUUCAAAAUCGACGGUGUAUACAAGCCUGGAAGCAUAUCUGACCAGCCCAUAAAGGGAGAGAUGUUCCCUGUCACAUCUGUAAUGCAGACUGAUUACAGAGCCUUUGUGGAGGUUGUUUUCGAGAAUAGGGAAGAUAUUGUCCAGAGCUGGCACCUUAACGGUGACUCUUUCUUCGUCGUUGGAAUGGAACUUGGGAAGUGGAGUCCCGCCAGUAGAAAAGCCUAUAAUCUAAACGACGCAAUCUCACGCUGCACUGUUCAGGUGUAUCCGAGGUCGUGGACUGCAAUAUACGUAUCCAUGGACAACGUAGGGAUGUGGAACCUGAGAUCGGAGUUGUGGGAAAGACAAUACUUGGGACAACAGUUGUACAUUCGUGUUUACACAAACUCAACUUCUCUCAAAGAUGAAUAUCUUAUCCCAAAGAACGCUCUUCUCUGCGGCAGGGCCAGCGGCCGCCACACUGCGCUGUUGUGA